UGUCACUACCACUGACUACCAUAUAGUGCCACCCUUACUGGACAAUCUCGAAACAAGGGGUGGUGACACAAUGGCUAAAACGGACUCCUGGAAGCCUCAUGAAAGCCUCACCCAGGCUCCCACCAACCUGAAGGAGGCCAUUGACUGGGUCCUGAGGGUAACUGGUAAGGAUGGUAAGAAGAAUGAGGCGGCGAAGCCGGCGAGCACUAGUAAUGGCCCUCACUGUCUGUGCUACUUGGCCAAGGCAGUGAAGGACCUACUGUAUGACGCCAAGGACCCAGGGUCCCCUGGUCCCAGUACUGACAGGUACUGGGACGACCUGCUCCUAACAGAGGAACGUACUAUUGUCAAUCCAGUGCUCCAGGACCUGGGACUGGUCCAUAGUGGCAGCACUAGUGCUGCCAGUAGUACUUGUGCCGGUGGCACCGAGGUCAUAGGGACACUGAUAGAACAGUUGGCACUGGGACUGCAGAAGUGGGUUGGGUGGCAGGAUACAGGAGAUGAUUGUUGUCUUAAGGGAACAAGUGGAAAGAGUAAGGGUAUAGGAAAGGCGUGUGAACGUAGUGGUGCUGGUGUUGGUGCCACGUGUUGUACCAGUGGUGGUAGCGGUAGUCAUGGUUGUUCCAAGUGUGGUACCAGUGGUGGCAAGAAGUGCUACCUAUCGGCCUAUUGCAAAGCCACUAGUCCACCCAGCAGCUUUCCUGAAAACUACCUUUGGACCUCCAUAUCCAGUGACUCUGAUAAGGUCCACCUCCUGGCCCGGAUUUUCCUAGGGUCAGUAUGUCUCAUCUGGAGUGGACUCAGUCAAUUGGGGUUCCUAACAGGUGGAAGUAGUAGGUGGAAGGAUAGUAAGCUGCAUGAUAUCAGUGCUGCUGACCAGGCCGGUCUCGGCUCAUUCAUGGCGGCCAUGGGCUAUGACCUGGAGAGGUUGAAUCAGGGGAGUCCUCCAGAUAAGAAGGGAGGGUUUGUUCAGGAAUUGUUGACGGAUAAGAGUAAGGGAGUAUCAUGGCUGGAAUUCACUAAAGGCGCUGACAACAAGAGUGUAGCUGAGUACUACAGUAGUAUCUAUGACAAGGCGAAGGAAGCACUGAAGAAGGACAAUAAAACUGAAUCCAUAUGCAAUGACUACCCCCUAUUGGUACUCCACAUCCUGGCCAGUGGGUACUUCAGGGCAGGCAGUGCCGGGGCGAAGGGAGUGACUCCGCCGGGGAAGCCGGCCAGUGGUACUCCCAGUGCAACUGAUACCAAGAAAGACACUGCUCCCAGGAAACCCCGGACCAUCCGUGAGAUCCUAUACUGGCUAAGUGCAUUGCCCUAUAGUAAGGGGUACAGGGACCUGGUAGGGAGGAUGGAUGGCAAGAUGAAGGAUAUAUUGCCUAAGGAUGAUCAGAAAAAGCCACUAAAUGAGCAGAAACUGACACUGGAAAGUACGGAAUACAACAAGAGCACUGAACUCAAGAGGGACUGUAUUACCCACUACCUACUGGCCGCCUGUGGCUACUGCCCACUGGUACUCAUCGGUAUCCAGGGGACCAUAGCUACCAGUGGCACUGAAAGUGCUCCUGCUGUGUCAGUAGGUCCGGCAGCAGCAGCUGCUGCGGAGAAGAAGAAGUGUCCAGAACACGCUAAAGACCGCAAUAAGAGGUGUAAACUUGACGAGAAAGACAAAACUGCAGAUACAGCUGCCAAGACGCAGCCUGACCCGAAGCUCCAGAGAGGUGAAGUCUGCUACGGCGGGUACCACCUGGAUGUAUCCCUGUUUGGCCCCCUCCAUGGGAUGUACGCCAAUGGGCUCUUUGGCUUCCAGAUGGACGGCUCUCCCGCCCAGUGCCUGGACCAACUGAGGGUAUAUGUAUACCACUGCUUCUACCAGCUCUAUUUCCUGAGGAAGCAGUGUAGUACGGGCGCGAUAGCGGCCGUAGGAGCAGGAGCAGCAGGAAAGACAGUGCUGGGCUGGAAAAGUUGUAGGUAUGGUAGUGGAGUUAAUUCUGGGCGAGGAGUGAGCAUUUCGUCUCCUUGGUUAUGUAAGACAGAGGGUAGUGGUGCUGGGAAGGAUUGCAAUUGCAAGAAAAAUGCCAGUAAUGAGUCACCACUUAUGGCAUUCCUGUGUGAUGCGUUGGGUUCCAUGGCAUGCAAAAAGACAAUAGGCAAGAGUUCCGAUAGUGAGACGAAUCCCUAUCCAUCUAUCGAGGAUCACAUGAACAAAUCGGUAGAUUCUAAUGGAAAAGAACAGGAUCCACACGGAUACUAUCCUCAAUUAUGCCCUGUUCCCAUGGGAUGGAGCGCCGAGACUCCUAGCAGUAGCACUAGCGGUGGUCAAGUCAGAGUAAACCACUUCAAAGAUUUAAAUACUGGAAGCCACAAGACACAGCAACUGACAGGAGGCACUGCCACUCACUAUCCUGCCCACUGCACUGGGAAUACACUAUUUCAUCUCCUGGAGUACUACUGUGACCCAGUGAAGUGCCAUGGCACCCUAGUGGUACUACUGAGACUACUGGCAUGUAUUACUCCCACAGUGCCACGGACUCUGGGUGACCUCUUUGGGUUCUAUUACUAUAUAGUCUACAUUGGGGGAAACAGUAAAGGUGGACAAGAGGGAGUGCAUCAGAAGUUGAAAGGAUUAGAGGGGGAUGUCAGACUGGGGAUGAAAGGUAUCGGUAACAAUGGUGAUGCAGUGGUCGAGGCACUAACCACGUGGAAUAACAGCGGAAUCUGCAGUGGCGGCAAGGAAGGUCACCUUAAGUGCCUAACAGAGUGUGAUACAGGUAGUGGUGCCAAAUACCUCUCUCCUCUGAGUGGCCAGCAGUAUGGCCAGUUGAGUCCAGCGAUGGCCGGGACCUACCUGUCAUGGUUGGUCUAUUUGAUAGGGGAGUUCAAGACAGGACUAGAGGGGUUGGAAGAGGCGUUUAGGGAGAUUAGUUGUAAGGAUGAUGGGUGUAAAAAUGGUGCGGCAGGAGCUGGUGGAUGUGGACCUGGAUGCACCAGUGGAACCCAUGGUGAUCCAUGUCCAUCUGGUGGCACUGGUGGUGGUAAUACCGGAGUAUGUAAAUGUCACUCAGUCGUAUCAUGUACCGGGGUACUGCCGGUAUUGUACAGGUAUGGCUUUGGGUAUGGCAAUGUAACGGAGUUGCACAAAGGUGCUACUGGACAGUACAAGAAGUGUCACGACUUCUUAACCACACUGGGUAACGUAGAAAGAAGCACCGAGUUCACAAAACUCACCACCUCCAUCAACCAGCUCAUCUACACCACUAGGCUCCCCUGGAUCUUUGUGCUGACCCUGGCCUGGCUAGUAGCGGUGCUCUACCUUGCCUUUGGAGCCAUAUGGCCACUGGACUGGACACAUAUGAGGUCGCAUUGUAGGGGAUGGUUCAGGAAGGGCAGUCUGAGUCCAUGGGAGGUACUGAUGGUGGGCAAGAAGAAGGGAAGGGGGAUACUAGAGUAUUUUGGUAAGACAUAGUGGCAAAGUAGUGGCGCCUUCGGCGCGAUAAC